AUGACUUGGCUUCAAAUUCCAAUCCUCUUUUCCUAUAGAGCGUUGUUACUUAUACUUCUUGCUCAAUACGCCCUGGGUUCGAUUGACUCUGUAUUUAACAUUAAACAAGGCGGUGUUGGAGUCGGUGGAUGCAAUGCUCACAAAAGCAAACUCAACAGAUGGUGGACAGAUGCAAGAAAGCUCGUCGACGCUGCUCUCUUGUACGCACAAGAUGACAGCGUUGAUGGACCUGAAUACGUCUACACCUUUUUUGCAUUAGACCCCCCUCCUUCCGAUGCUGAGUACAGAGCACAAGCGCGCGCUAGGUUGCUGUUGGUCAAGAGGUUUAUCGAUGGCGAUUUACAGCUCCCUACCGGUAAACCCUGGCUUUUCUGUUCGAGCAAGUGGUUGGAGCGUAUGGACUGGGAUGACGUUGCCUAUGAUAAGGAGACAGGCGACAGGUUUACAGGUGAUGACGCCAAGAAGGUACGAGAUGUAUAUCAUGAACCAACUCCACCUCCAGAUGAAGCAAACCAGCCAAAAGAGUUCCCAUUUUGGUCCUCGGACAUCAGGGAAUACUUCACAGAUGAGGCUGAUGACUAUUGUACGAAGAAGGUCGACGGACUUGCCCAGCACUUUGGCGCUACUCAUGAGGACCUGACGUGGAAAGCAGUCACCAUCUGUGUCCAGAACUUGGGAAAGAAUGCUAAAACUGAACAUUUGCGCCUUGGAAGAAUCCAAAAGGAGGGUCAAAGUAUUGUGGACUACAGAGCAAAGUCUAUGACAUUAUUCCAUGAACUCUUCCAUGUUGUCCUAGGCAAUGCGGAUACCCAGGAGCAUGAAAAAAGCUAUGAGCUGAAGUAUAUUGCGAACCCUAGGAAAGAGGAAGGUGAGGACCCUGGCGAUGAAGAUCAAGACAUCAUCUCCACGCAGGAGGCCUUGUAUAACCCGGAAUCCUACACCAUUACAAGGUCGAAGCUCAAAAAGACCGAAGAUUCAAAGGAUAAGGAUAAGAACAAUGGAGGGUCAGAAGGCGCUGGUCAUCGAAAGAGGCUGAUGAAGGUUUGA